ACCUAAGAUCUUUAAAACCCUAAUUACGUUCUCUUUUCUGUUAGAUAUUCGAAGCUGCGUCUCAGUAGGCCAUUGUCCAUCUCUUCUACCCUUCAUCCUUGCAAAAUCACUGCAGUUCAAAAUGUCUCUGGUGGCAAAUGAGGACUUUCAGCAUAUUUUGCGUGUGCUUAACACUAAUGUUGAUGGGAAGCAGAAGAUUAUGUUUGCUUUGACCUCAAUCAAAGGUAUUGGAAGGCGAUUCGCUAACAUUGUUUGCAAGAAGGCCGAUGUUGACAUGAACAAGAGGGCUGGUGAAUUAACUGCUGCUGAGCUGGAUAAUCUUAUGGUCAUUGUUGCAAACCCACGCCAGUUCAAGAUCCCAGACUGGUUUUUGAAUCGGCAGAAGGAUUACAAGGAUGGGAAAUAUUCUCAAGUUGUCUCUAAUGCACUGGACAUGAAGCUGAGAGAUGAUUUGGAGCGAUUGAAGAAGAUCAGGAACCACCGAGGUCUGAGGCACUACUGGGGUCUUCGUGUCAGGGGACAACACACCAAGACCACUGGUCGUCGUGGAAAGACUGUUGGUGUCUCUAAGAAGCGGUGAAAAUCUAUUUACUGGGUUGAUUUAUUUUAUGGAUCGGCAGAAUUGGUUCCUUGCUACAAGUUUUGCACUAGUAAAGUUUAGAUGCGUUUUAGGUAGGUUGGAAGCGUUAUUAUCCGAUUAACUAUAGAAGUUGAGUUGCAUAAUCAAUUAGUAUAUGUUGUUUGGAAGUUUCAAUUUGCUUCUACUUUUGAUGUGAUUUUCUAUGUUUUUUUCUAUAUAAAAUCAUGUUUUUUCCCCUUUC